AUGCAAAAUUAAAUUUGAUCAUCAAUUGUAGGAGCAGUAUAUUUUCCUUUACCAUGCGCUCUACGAAUUCUUCAGACGACAAGGACAAUUUAUCGCAAAGGACACUUUUCUAAAGAUGUAUGGAGAAUUAGAUAAACCAGAAACAAAGAAAGAUCUCGCAAACGAAUUCAACGCUCUCACCUGUUUACAACCAAAGUACGAAGCAAAAGAUUUCAAGACUGGGCAAAAUCAUCCAAAACAAAAUAGGACGGAAUCUGUUUUACCAGUUGAGAGGUACUUGGUUCAUUUAAUAUCUAGCGUAAAAGGGCGAGGAACAUACUACAAUGCUGUAUUUGUGUCGUCAUUCACACAAUCCCAGGAGUUUAUUUCUGCGCAAUAUCCGGUUCCUGGCUCUGCGAUCGAUCUUGUUCGUUUGCUGGUUGAUCAUGAGUCAACUUUCCUGGUUUGUCUAAACUCCCUGACAGUUAUAGAGGAGUUAAAAGAAUGGUCUAAAGAAGGGGAAAAGAUAGUUCAGUUUGGACCAUACAAAAUAGCAAAAGUCUUACAGACAACACUGAGCAAUACGAUACGAAAGACCAGAGCUGAAAUACAGAUCAAAAAUACAAAGGAGAAACACAUGGUUCAGAUAUAUGAAUGUCUUGAUUGGUGUCUCAAUGAGCUUUUUCCCGCUGAGAUAUCUUCAUUAACAGAUAUGAUAAAGCAAAUCACCUUGGAUAGAAAAUCUAUAGAUGACGGUCAUAUAACUGUUUUAUCCAAGGACGGGGCAUCCUGUUGUGGAUUGUUUAUUGCUGUUUACAACGCAGUACAACAACUACAACUGGACGGCGAGAUAGAUAUGUUUACCAUUGUACAACAACUUCAUUGUCGCCGACCAGAAAUGAUUUCUACUAAGGAAGAAUACGAGUUUUGUUUCAAGUCUGUGUGUAACUAUCUCUCUACAGAUUGUAUGUACGCAAACACUUAACAGGGUGUUUUGAAUGUAAUGCAUACUCAAUUUCAUUUUUGUUAUGAAGAGAACAGUUUUGUUCUAUCUUCAUUGAAGAAUUUUCUUUAUUCCUUCUAAUGAAAUGAACUUUCAAAUGAUGUAAACUGAUAUUUGCAAUGAAAUUGAUCGAUGGUGAUGAACAUUAAGCAUUUUUUUUCAAAAACGAAAGCCAUUUUGCAUAUUAUAAUUUACAUGUACGUAAGAAUUUCGAGCCUUUGUAAUUAUAUUAUGUAUAGUAUAAGUAUGAUUCCGAAACAUCAUAAAAAUCCUUUAAACAAAAAUACAUAACGGGUUCCAGUAAAUGUUCAACCAAG